AUGAAGAAACCCGUCAAACUAUCACACUUUCUUUUCCAAUCGGAAGUUCUAGCCAAAUCCAUAGGCCUAAUACCCUAUGAAGAUGAUACAAAACCACAAAGAUUUCCAAAUUUAAUGAAAUGGAUUUUCAUUAUACUAAUCAUCAACAUGAAUUUUGUGCUAUUCUCUGAAAUCACCUUUGUCAUCCUGUCCAUGGUGCAUGGAGAAAAUUUCAUAGAGGCCACCAUGAAUCUGUCGUAUAUUGGUUUUGUUUUUGUGGGCGACAUUAAAAUCUUUAGUGUCCUGCAAAAGAAGCCUUUGCUAACCAUACUAAUGAGAGAUGUACGUGAAAUGUAUCCGGAGGAUGUUAAACUACAGCAAGAAUUUGAUACUCGACGUUAUGUGAGAAAAUUUAAUUUGAUAAGUUUUGGUUUUGUAAUUAUACAUGAGAUAUUGAUUUGGUCGUAUAAUUUAUAUACGGCCAUGAGUUAUUUGAUUUAUGAGUUUUGGCUGCAAACCAAAAUUGUACCCCGCAAUUUGCCCUAUUAUGCCUGGGUGCCCUGGCAGUGGCAGGGUAAUUGGUCAUAUUAUUUCUUAUAUGCCUCGCAGGAUUUGGCAGGACAUACCUGUAUGUCUGGCCAGCUGGCCAAUGAUUUGAUGUUGUGUGUGGUGGCGACUCAAAUUAUAAUGCACUAUCGUUAUUUGGCCAAUCGUAUAGAAUCCUAUCAGCCGGCUGAGAGUUAUGAGAAUAAUAAGGAGUUCUUAAGGGAUUGUAUACAAUAUCAUCAGAAGAUAUUGAGUUUGUCGGUGUAUAUGAAUGAGGUUUUUGGUGUGAGUCUUUUGGUGAAUUUCAUUUCAUCCUCGUUUAUCAUGUGUUUCCUGGGUUUCCAAAUGACCAUUGGUGUCCAAGCGGAUACUUUGAUUAUGCUGUUUAUGUUUUUAUUUUGUUCUUUGGUGCAGAUUUUAAUGAUAUGCAACUAUGGAGAGGAGCUGAUUGUUAAGAGCUCAGGCAUUGGUCAUGCCAUUUACAAUCACAACUGGCUAAACACCGAUGUCCGUUACCGCAAAAUGUUAAUACUGAUAAUAAAACGUUCACAAAAGCCGGCACUGCUUAAAGCCACCACAUUUCUAAAUGUCUCAAUGGGCACCAUGACAGAUCUGAUGCAGUUGUCUUAUAAAUUUUUUGCUUUGCUAAGAACCAUGUAUUCCAAGUGA